GUAUAUACAUAUGGCCUACUGGUCCUUUACGUAUUCUCUCUCUUGAGAUUUCCGACUCCUGACGCCUUUGAAUCGCCGAACCCUAAUACUGGUCUUUGUGCUCUCCGUUCGUUUGUUUUUGUUGUUUUUUGAAUCGGAGAUAGUUUAGUGGAGUGAUAAUUGUGCGGAGGAAUUUGUCGGGUGGAGGUUGAGUGGCGGCGGCGCCGUUUGUUGCGGUUCAGGUUGAGGUGCAGUUGUAGCUGUCGUUCGAAUCAAAUCCGGUUUUUUUGGGUGAUUUGAUAUCGAUUUGUGCGGCGGAGGUGGUGCUUUUGUGCGUAGUGUUUGGCUUUAGGACUGUUGAUCGUCGAUCUGAUCGGAUCCGGGGAAGAGGUGGACGGUUUUUGGUGAAGGAAAAGGCACGAUGCAGGCGCAAUAUCAGAAGAAGAAGAUGCCCAAGGAGACAGAAUUUUUCACUGAAUAUGGAGAUGCGAGCAGAUACAAAAUUGUGGAAAUUAUUGGAAAGGGUAGCUAUGGAGUUGUUUGUGCUGCAAUUGAUACACACACUGGGGGCAAAGUAGCAAUAAAGAAAAUAACAAACAUAUUUGAGCAUAUGUCUGAUGCUAUGAGAAUAUUACGGGAAAUUAAGUUGCUCCGGCUCUUACGACACCCUGACAUUGUUGAAAUUAAACGAAUCAUGCUGCCACCGUCCAAAAGAGACUUCAAAGAUAUUUAUGUUGUAUUUGAGCUUAUGGAAUCUGACCUUCAUCAAGUAAUAAAAGCUAAUGACGAUUUGACACAAGAGCAUCACCGGUUCUUUCUCUAUCAGAUGCUCCGGGCAUUGAAAUAUAUGCAUACAGCAAAUGUAUAUCAUAGGGAUCUUAAACCGAAAAAUAUUCUGGCGAAUGCCAACUGCAAGCUCAAAAUAUGUGAUUUUGGACUUGCAAGAGUUGCAUUCAAUGACACUCCAACAACAGUUUUCUGGACGGAUUAUGUUGCAACACGAUGGUAUAGAGCCCCAGAGUUGUGUGGCUCUUUCUUCUCCAAGUAUACUCCUGCUAUUGAUAUUUGGAGCAUAGGCUGUAUAUUUGCUGAGGUAUUGACGGGGAAGCCAUUGUUCCCUGGAAAAAGCGUCGUGCAUCAGCUGGAUCUGAUUACUGAUCUUCUUGGGACACCUUCUAUCGAUACCAUUACUGGAAUACGUAAUGAGAAGGCAAAGAAAUAUCUGAUGGGUAUGAAAAAGAAGUACCCAAUGUCUUUCACACACAAAUUUCCAAAUUUGGAUCCUUUAGCUCUUAAGUUAUUGCAGAGGAUGUUGGCAUUUGAUCCGAAGGAUCGUCCAAGCGCUGAAGAGGCGCUGGCCGAUCCUUACUUCAAGGGGCUGUCGAAAAUUGAGAGGGAGCCAUCCUGUCAGCCAAUUUCUAAGUUUGAAUUUGAGUUUGAGCGACGAAGAGUAACCAAGGAAGAUAUCAGGGAGUUAAUAUAUCGAGAGAUAUUGGAGUACCAUCCCCAAUUAUUGAAGGACUACAUGGCUGGAAAUGGUGGCAUAAGCUUUGUGUAUCCUAGUGCCAUCGGUCAUCUCAAGAAGCAAUUUGCCUAUCUCGAGGAAAAUGCUGGGAAAAAUGGACCAGUUUAUCCUCCUGAGCGGAAAUAUAUAUCUCUGCCAAGAUCGACAGUAAACACUUGUACCAUUCCCCCCAAAACACAACCAGUUAUUUCUGCAUUCACUAACCAGAGAAUAUCUGGAGAAAUCUCCUCGGGCGGCAUUUCUGGAAAUAUAUGCAAGGAUUCAAAGCCACCAGCACCACCCCGCGUUGGUACUGUUAUAGAAGGAAGAGUCACAGGCGGACCAGUCUUACCACCGCAUCACAAUGUCAAGCUUGUAAACGAAUCUCCGAAUGGCAGGGUAUGCAUUCAGAAUUCCAUACACCCGCAGUUGCAGUCGCAGUCGCAGUCAAUCUCUCCACAGUGUUUAUACAGAAUGAAUCCGGAGAAGCAUACCGAGACAGACUCAGCAAGGGCAGCUCGAGCUGAACAACAAUCAUACCACCAACACACACCAGAGAAGCCAAAAAAUGGCAUCAUCGCCACUCCACCCCGCCCUGGGAUGAGUUUCGACAUCAACCCAAAUCCAUACUACCAGUCGCCUGUUAAGGCAGUGAUAUUGAACAACCAAAUGAGCAUCGAUGCAAAACUGUUGCAAGCCCAAACUCAACUCGUUGCAGUAGCUGCCCAUCGCGAAGUCGGGGCUAUACCCCUCGGACUUACUUAAAAGAGGAGCUCGCCGUAUCAAGGAAAAUAAGUGAGAAAUGCUGUAGCAAAAAGAUUCGAAAGAUAUGAUUGUCGUCGUCGUGUGAGCGAGAAUGGAUCGAAUCGAGCUGAGCUGAGCUGAGGGUACACCAGGUGAGUCAGUCAGUGUUGAGAGAGAUUGUUUGUGUUAGAAGUAGAGAUGAGCAGAGCAGAGCAGGCUCUAUUGAUGAAAUCUGUCUUCGAUUCUAUUUCUAUCUUUUUCCUUGUACUUGUGUUAGUUGUAUAGUUUCAAUUAUUUCACCCACUCUUCUUUCUUCAAUUUCACUAUAAUUUGUCCCA